UCCCCCCUUGCGGCGGUGGCGGCGGCGGGACUCGGGCGGCGGGCGGUGCGGAGGGCGGAGCUCGGCGGCGGCUCGGGAGGGAGGGCGGGAGGCGGGAGGGAGGCGGCCCCGCAGCACCGCGCCCCCUCCCCCGGCCCUCCCCCCACCAUGGCGCGGAGCGAGGCGGCGGCGGCGGCGGGGCCGGGCCCGGGGCCCCCCCUCCUGGGCUGGGUACUGGCCCAGGCCCUGACUUCCUGAAGAGAGAUGAGCACACUGAGGCACAGAGAGUGAAGUCACUCGACUAAAGUGCCGCCGCAGGGAACUGGAGGAUGAAGAAACCGAGAUUCAGAGAGGUUCAAACACUUGCCCGAGGUCACACAGCUAGACUCACCUCCCACUCCUCUUGCCUCCCCGGUGCACCAUGGCUCCGGGCCCCUUCUUCUCGGCGCUCCUCUCGCCGACGCCUGCUGCCCUGCCCUUCCUGCUGCUACUCUGGGCUGGGGCAUCUCGUGGCCAGCCCUGCCCCGGCCGCUGCAUCUGCCAGAACGUGGCGCCCACACUGACCAUGCUGUGCGCCAAGACUGGCUUGCUCUUUGUGCCACCGGCCAUCGACCGGCGAGUGGUGGAGCUGCGGCUCACCGACAAUUUCAUCGCAGCUGUGCGCCGCCGAGAUUUCGCCAACAUGACCAGCCUGGUGCACCUGACCCUGUCCCGUAAUACCAUCGGCCAGGUGGCAGCUGGCGCCUUUGCCGACCUCCGCGCCCUCCGUGCUUUGCACCUCGACAGCAACCGUCUGGCUGAGGUGCGCGGUGACCAGCUCCGUGGCUUGGGCAACCUCCGCCACUUGAUCCUUGGCAACAACCAGAUCCGCCGGGUGGAGUCGGCUGCCUUCAAUGCCUUCCUAUCUACCGUGGAAGACCUGGAUCUGUCCUACAACAACCUCGAGGCCCUGCCAUGGGAGGCUGUAGGCCAGAUGGUGAACCUAAACACCCUCACGUUGGACCACAAUCUCAUUGAUCACAUCGCCGAAGGUACCUUCGUGCAGCUUCACAAACUGGUUCGCCUGGACAUGACUUCCAACCGCCUCCAUAAACUGCCCCCUGAUGGGCUCUUCCUGAGGUCCCAAGGCACUGGGCCGAAGCCACCCACACCUCUCACCGUCAGCUUCGGCGGCAACCCUCUGCACUGCAAUUGCGAGCUGCUCUGGCUGCGGCGGCUGACCCGAGAGGAUGACCUGGAGACGUGCGCUACCCCCGAGCACCUCACCGACCGCUACUUCUGGUCCAUCCCGGAGGAGGAGUUCCUGUGUGAACCCCCUCUGAUCACACGGCAGGCGGGGGGCCGGGCCCUGGUGGUGGAGGGCCAGGCCGUCAGCCUGCGGUGCCGCGCUGUGGGUGACCCCGAGCCCGUGGUGCACUGGGUGGCGCCUGAUGGGCGGUUGCUGGGGAACUCCAGUCGGACUCGGGUUCGGGGGGAUGGGACGCUGGAUGUAACCAUCACCACCUUGCGGGACAGCGGCACCUUUACGUGCAUCGCCUCCAACGCUGCCGGGGAAGCCACGGCACCUGUGGAGGUGUGUGUGGUACCUCUGCCUCUGAUGGCACCCCCACCGGCUGCCCCACCACCUCUCACCGAGCCUGGCUCCUCCGACAUUGCAACGCCUGGCCGACCCGGUGCCAAUGAAUCAACUGCUGAGCGCCGCCUUGUAGCAGCCGAACUCACCUCGAACUCCGUGCUCAUCCGCUGGCCAGCCCAGAGGCCUGUGCCUGGCAUCCGCAUGUACCAGGUUCAGUACAACAGCUCUGCCGAUGACUCUCUGGUGUACAGGAUGAUCCCAUCUACCAGCCAAACAUUCCUAGUGAACGAUCUGGCGGCCGGCCGCGCCUACGACCUGUGCGUGCUGGCUGUCUACGAUGACGGGGCCACGGCGCUGCCGGCCACGCGAGUGGUGGGCUGUGUGCAGUUUACCACGGCUGGGGAUCCGGCGCCCUGCCGCCCGCUGAGGGCCCAUUUCUUGGGCGGCACCAUGAUCAUCGCCAUUGGGGGCGUCAUCGUUGCCUCGGUCCUCGUCUUCAUCGUUCUGCUCAUGAUCCGCUACAAGGUCUAUGGCGAUGGGGAUGGCCGCCGCGUCAAGGGGACCUCCAGGUCGCCCCCGCGGGUCAGCCACGUGUGCUCGCAGACCAACGGCGCAGGCGCGGCACAGGUCCCGCCUCUGCCGGCGCAGGACCGCUACGAGGCCCUGCGCGAGGUGGCGUCCGCAGCUGGUGCUGCCGAGGCUGCCGAGGGGAAGGCCGCUGGACCUGAGACGGCUCCCGCGGAGCUGGAGGCGGUCCUUGGACGCUCCUUGAGCGGCUCGGCCACCUCGCUGUGCUUGCUGCCAUCCGAGGAAACCUCCGGGGAGGAACCUCGGGCCGCGGCGGGCCCUCGGAGGAGCCGUUCCGGGGCGCUGGGGCCCCCAGCUUCGGCGCCCCCGACUCUAGCUCUGGUUCCUGGCGGGGCCCCGGCCCGGCCGAGGCCGCGGCAACGCUAUUCGUUCGACGGAGACUACGGGGCGCUCUUCCAGAGCCACAGUUACCCGCGCCGCGCCCGGCGGACAAAGCGCCACCGCUCCACGCCGCACUUGGACGGGGCCGGAGGGGGCGCGGCCGGGGAGGACGGAGACCUGGGGCUGGGCUCUGCCAGGGCGCGCUUGGCUUUUACCAGCACCGAGUGGAUGCUGGAGAGUACCGUAUGAGCGGCGGGCGGGCGCUGGGACGCCUGGGUGUCGCGGACAGACGCCCAGCUGACCAGUCGCUGGCCUCCCAGACGCUGGGGCAGGACUCGGGGGAGAAAGCGCAACGCCGAGACGUCGGACUGGAGGGGAGACGCGCCCAUUUCUUCUCCGGAGGGUACCGGGCUGCCUGGACUAUGGCUCUAGGCCACGCCCUCACGCCCUGGGGGCUGGAGGGUUGGGCCACUGGGCUACCCUACCCCACGGACUCCUUGUUCCCUCCCCUCGCGCGCUCGCGGACCUCGCUGGAGCCGGUGCCUUACACAGCGAAGCGCGGGGAGGGGCAGGGUCCCCCGACACUGCAGCACUGAGACACGAGCCCCCAACCCCACCCGGCACCUGGGGCAGGGGUGAGGGGCCCAUUUCUUGUAUCUGGCUGGACUAGAUCCUAUUCUAUCCCGCGGCGGCCUCCAAAGCCCCCACCCCAUCCCAUUCACCUUCCUGGUCCUGUUGGGUCUGGCUUGGGGUCCCCCUUUCUCUGUUCCCUUCGUUUGUCUCUGACCCCCACUCUGUCGUCUCUGUCUUUUGUCUCUAUCUUCCCUAUUUGUCUCUCCUCUGUCUCUUCUGCCUCUAACCUCCCAUGUUUUUGUCCAGUCUCCCUGUCUCUCCUAAUUACCUCUUCCAUCUACGCAUUCUCCAGGGCAGGUCCCACUGGAAGGACCAGACUCUCCACUAUUCCUUAACCUUUCCCCAAAUAAAAUCCCCACAUAAACAAAAUCCAAAACCAAAUCCCCCUCCCUACUGGAGCCGGGACCCUCCGCCGCAGCAGAAUUAAACUUUUUUCUGUGUCUGAGGCC